AUGAGGCUUGAUUUUUCUGAGUUUCAGUGCUGUCUACGAAAAUCAAUAAUACCUGAAAUGAGAAGGGUGGGUUUUUUAGCAGGACCGGCAUAUAUGAUCUCCGCGCUUAGCGUGCUAAUUAUAAUUUGCUACGGUGACGGGUUAUCUACCGGUACUGGUAGCAGAGACUCUCUUUCCUUGGGCGCAUCGCUUAUUGGAAAUCAGACUAUAACCUCGAAGAACGGCAUGUUUGAAUUGGGAAUUUUCAGCCCAAAUGGAAGCAAUAACUGGUAUCUCGGUAUCUGGUAUGCCAACAUACCAGAAAAGAUGGUCGUUUGGGUGGCUAAUAGGGAGAAUCCGGGGAAACACAGGCCUGGCGUUCUGAAACUCUCAAAAGGAGGUACUCUAGGACUGUUUGAUGCAGGGGGCAUGUCUCUUUGGUCUGCCAACGUAUCGUACAAGCCCUCGCGGGCUGUGCUAUUAGAUUCUGGUAACUUUUUGAUGCUUAGCGAUGACAAUAAAUCUGAGACUGUUUGGCAGAGCUUUGACUAUCCUGUGGAUACUAUGUUGCCCGGCAUGUGGUUCGGUGGACAGGAAAAGCUAUUUUGGGAGAGUGGAAAUUGGGACAACAAAACUUUCAGUGGAAUGCCGGAAAAUCCAAACCGAGACCGCUUCAAUGUCAGCUUUAAAAGUACUAGUUCUGGUUUUUAUUUCAGUUACGAAUUGCAGACAGGGAUCCCAAGUUUAAUCAAAAUUAAUUCCGGAGGAAUACAAGAAUUUGCUUUGUAUGAUAACACUAAAUGGAUCAUGGUGGAGAUUCGCCCCAGAGAUCAAUGCGCUGCAUAUGGUUUUUGUGGCCCUUGCGGAAGCUGCAACUCCAACAAUCUUGAGUUCUGCAGCUGUGUGGAAGGCUUCAUCCCGGCAGACAAGCGCGCCAGGGAUUCGCAAGACUGGUCGUCAAGUGGCUGUGUUCGGCAGAGCCCGUUAAACUGCGAUACCAAAAAAGGUAGCACCGACGAAUUUAUCGAGGCUGGUGUAACGUUGCCUGAUGAUUCAGCUUCUUCAUACUCUGCACCCAACAAGGGAGAUUGCCAGAAAGCCUGCCUCCGCAACUGCUCCUGCACUGCGUUUGCUUUCAAUUCUCCUUCCGGACGCUGCCAAAUCUGGUCUGGAGAUUUGCUAAACAUGAACAACUCUCCAUCAAAUAGAAGAGGGAACGUCUCCAUUCGAGUAGCUGCCUUAAAAGUUCCAAAGCAUAAAAAAUGGUCCUCCUCCCAACUGAAAACCAUAAUUAUAGUGAGUGCUCUUGCUCUUACAGUUGCUUUGAGUAUCAUUUCAUUUUUAAUGUCGCAAAGGUGUCGACUUCGACCACCGAAGGAGACUUGUGCAGUUUCCUCAGAGUAUUUUCUUAGAAUGUUUAGUUACAUAGAGUUGAAGAUUGCAACAAGGAAUUUCAGGUCUAAGUUGGGGAGCGGAGGAUUCGGUUCAGUGUUCAAAGGAUGUCUAACAGACGGUACACUUGUAGCCGUAAAGAAAUUGGAUUCCAGUUCAAGACAACAUGAUAAGCAAUUCCGAGCGGAAAUCAGUUCUCUUGGCAACAUACAACAUGCAAAUUUGAUCAGACUUCGAGGGAUUUGUGCAGAAGGAUCUAAACGCUUACUGGUUUAUGAUUACAUGCCCAAUGGCUCUCUAAAUUCCCUACUGUUCACUAAUAAUUCCAAAAGUAAACCGAAGGUACUCGACUGGAAGACCCGCUUCCAGAUCGCUUUAGGCACUGCGCGAGGUUUAGUUUAUCUCCACGAAGAGUGCAGAGAUUGCGUGAUUCACAGCGAUGUAAAGCCCAAGAACAUUCUCUUGGAUGGUAAUUUUUCACCCAAGUUGGCAGAUUUUGGGUUGGCAAAGCUUGUGGGUAGAGAUUUCAGCCGUGUAUUGACCACAACGAGAGGAACGAGAGGGUAUUUGGCACCAGAGUGGAUCUCCGGUCUUCCCAUCACCCCUAAGGUUGAUGUUUACAGUUUUGGUAUGACACUGUUGGAAAUCAUUUCCGGCCGAAGAAGUCUGGAUUUAAGUGUUCAAGAUUCAAGUCAGUAUUACUUUCCUGCAUGGGCUGCAGCUCAAAUUUACGAGGGGAAGAUGAUUAAUAUUGUGGACGAAAGAGUUGCAGCGGAGGCAGAUGUUGAAGAGGUGAGAAGAGCAGGCAUCGUAGGGUUGCUAUGCAUAGAAAGGGAGGAGGAGAGGAGGCCAAGCAUGGAACAAGUGUUGCGGAUGCUGGAAGGGAAGAUGGAGCCUCCAACUCCACAGAUGCCGAGUUCUGCAGUCAGGGAAACACAAGCGUAUCGAAGCAACACUGAUAGCGAUGGCAACGACAUUGUGGAUUGUGGUUUGUUAGAAUAAUGUAAAUGUUGAUAACUGAUGCUGCUCUAGCAUGCAGUUAGAUUAGUUUAGUUAAUAGUUUUUUGUUUAUUCAUGCAAAUAAAGCAUGUACUCCAACAUGCAUUAAUCCUUACGACUAUUUUUAGUUUUG